UCGAAUAGACAUUUUAAACGGUAGUUUAAGCGAAAUAGAAAAAAAAUAAACUUUUUUUAUAGCAAAAAAGUUGUAUUUGAAAAUAUUACACGAAAACGAUUUUUCGAUUAACAUUGUUUUAAAAAAAAUUUAAUAGUUUCGUUUUUAAUAAAUAAAUUUUAUUCCAAAUGAAAUUUAAAAUGCGUUCUUGCGGUAUGAGUUUGAUUAAAUACAUAUUAUUUGCAUUUAAUAUAGUCUUCGCUAUAUCGGGCUUGGGUAUUUUAAUAGCCGGAUCUGUUGUCUUAGCAGAUGUCAAUGAAUUUAAUCACUUCAUAGAGGGGAAAGUUACUGCACCACCAAUUGUUUUAAUUGUAACCGGUUUAAUUAUAUUCCUUAUUGCCUCGUUGGGUUGCUUUGGUGCCAUCAAAGAGUCACCCACUUUACUUUUGGCGUAUGCUCUUCUAUUGGCCAUCAUAUUUAUUAUUGAACUGGCUGUGGGCAUAGCGGCCAGUGUCUUUAAGAAUGACUUGGAAAUGAUGAUUAAAAACUCACUACAAGAUUCUAUAAAACGUUCUAAUCAGGAGGAUACCAUGGCCUGGGAUAAUAUACAACGCAAAUUAAUGUGUUGUGGUGUGGACAAUCCUUCCGACUGGCGUACCAUGAGUGCAAAUAAAACUUUGCCUCCCAGCUGUUGUCGUCCCCAAUAUAUUGAACAAAAUGUGGGACAUUGCACGGAAUCGCCUGCUUUGGGAAAGGAUAAAUAUUACCAGGAGGGUUGCGUUGGAAAACUAAAAGAGCGUAUAGAGAAAAAUGCCAUAAUAUUAAUUGGAGUGGGCAUUGGCAUUGCCUUCAUACAAAUAUUGGGCAUUAUAUUAGCAUGUUAUUUAGCUUCCACCAUACGGCACGAACGAAACAAAUAAAUGAUUGGAAAUAUUAGCACGUAUAAUUUAUUUAGUCCUUUAUUAACAUUAUACCUUUGUAUAUGAGUGUGUGUGUGUGAAUAUACUUUAAUCAAACCUACAAACUAUUUGAAAGAUGCGUCCUAAGAAGUCAUAUUAAGCUGUUUUAAACGCAACAAUUAAUAACAAAAUAAAAAUAAUUAAAAGUAUACUAUUAAUAUAAUUUUCUUAAAUCAUUUUAUGGCUUUAACUUGUAAUAUUUAAAUUAUAAAAAAAUGCAAUUAAAAGAAAUCAUUUUUCUACCUCUACUCUUGUUAUUGUUUAAGUCAUUGUUCGGAAACCAAUAAGCUUAUCAUCCAAUUAAAUUAUAUAUUAUAUCAAAACAAAUAAAAUACAUUUUUGAAAAAUAAA